UAUAGAGGAGGUGUACCAGCGUGUGUACCACUUGCAUCACUGAGAACUGGUAAUUUUGUCUAAGAAUGACAUCAGACGAAGGAUGGUCGUGGGUAGUGUUAACAGCGUGUUUCUUCAUGAACGUUCUCAACGCUGGAUACAUCAAAUGUUUUGGAAUACUGUUUGUGGAAGUUGAGAAAAUGUUCAAUGCAACAGCGUCUGUGGCAUCGCUGCUCAUGGGUGUCAACGCUGCGGCUUACAGCAUCACCGCAUUAUUUGUCCUCAACGUCGUUCUGGAGAAAAUCACCAUCAGGACAACAACGAUAGUGGGUGUGUUGAUACUUGCCACAGGCGUCUUUAUCAACUCCUACGCAAGCAGCGUCUACGUGCUGAUCUUCUCCCAAGGCGGAAUAGCAGGAAUUGGAGCAGCAAUGCUGUACGGUCCAGGCUUGGUUAUGGUUGGUAAAUACUUCGUGAAGAAGCAUGCUCUAGCUACUGCAAUAUGUAGUUGUGGUGUCAGCACUGGUGGGAUGCUGCUCCCACCCCUCGUCCAGUACCUCAUCCAGGAAUACGGACUGAGAGGAGCCUUCCUCAUCUUGGCCGGUAUGAUGCUGCAGAUUCUAACCUUUGUGUGCCUCUAUCGACCACAGAGGACGUCCAUCUCUGUCGAACCAAAGCACAUAGAAGAGGAGUUUUCUUACACUAAAACUGACGAAUCAUGUGAGAAAAAUUUCCAGGGUCCAGUUUCUACCAAUGCAGUGACACUUGCUGAGGAAACACAAUGUGAAAUACACGAAUUCAAUGGCAAUGAUGAUUCGGAGGGACAUAUGUCCCAAAAAACAUCUGAUCCGGACGUUUCUGAGCAUGACAUAUUUCUUGCAACGAAAACAGAACCGUUACAGAAGGGCAGGACAGCGUAUAGCGUUGUAUCAAGCUGCUUCAACGCUCUUAACUUAUCGUUUUUUAAAAGGCCUCUGUACCUUCUUAUAUUUGGAUUUACAGCGUUUGGGUUUCUAGGUGUAGGGUUAUUACAGACGUUUGUGCCACCGCUGGCGAAGGAAAAAGGCCUGAGCGAAAUGCAAGCAGCCAUGCUUUUGACGCUUUUCAAUGGCUUGGAACUAGUGAGCCGGCUUCUGUCUGGCGUUGUUUCAGAGUUACCUUGCGUAAAAAGACACCAUCUUAUUGCUUUCAGUAUGAUUGUACUAGGCAUAUUAAACCAACUGACCAGAUAUUUCAAUGGUUUUGGACUAAUACUGUCGUAUAUCGCAGUAUUUGGAAUUCUCAAUGGAAUAUACCCAGCACUCCAUCCAGCAGUGAUCAUAGACUUUGUUGGAAUGGAAUAUUUUGCAAGAAUAUUCGGCUAUGUUCAGGUAUUUCAUGGUGCCAUGAUGGCUGUUUGCUAUCCAAUAAUGGGUGCCCUCAGAGAUUUCUCUGGGAGUUACGCUGCCUCGUUCCACUUCCUGGGGGCAUGUCAACUGAUGUCAGCUAUGUUUCUGCUGCUGCUUCCGAUAGCGAAGAGAAAUAUCGAAUAACUUAGCAGACAGGAAGCAGUGGAGAACAACGCACCGAAAACCACAUCACAUUAGUUAGGGACGUGCAACUUUCUGAGGGGUUUCCUGCUGCAUUAAAUAAAACACUGUUGCAUAUACAGCAACCUGAAUAAUGCGCACUUACUACUCCAGAGGUCCAGAUCACUUUUUGAGCAAUUCAUCUAUUCAUCACUUUAUUUGGUUUUGCCCAAAAUUAGUGAAUUUUUUAAGACUUUAAAACAAUGAAAUAAUGUUUUAGAUGUAUAUAACUGUUCUUAAUAUGCGGACUUGACUCGGAAAGUAAAUGAGCUUGCAAUUGUGUUUCGGAAAUUAGCUCCUUUUAACCUUGGUGCAAAAGUUUCACUUGGUAUUUACGCGUGCUGUUUUAAUACAUUUUAGUUUUUCAUUUAAUGCAUGCGUUUCUGUGCGCAAGUUAAUUGAAAGUUUUGAAUAUUUUGGGGGGUAUUUUACGCAAAUACGCAGAUUAUCUGAAGCUCUACUACUCACAUGUGAAUUUAUUUGCAUGCGUACAUGUACUUGUUUUCAGAAGGUUUGUUUUUAAUUUGUAACACAUUACAUGUGAUUAUGCCUUCGAUCGUAUGGUACAUAUGGGUAACUGCUUCUAAACACAAUUUAGACGUUAAAGUUUUGUGAAUGUGGUAGAUGUUUUUUUAAUGUUUUAAAUUUGAUCUAGGAUUGCUAUUGGGGAUCAAACAGCCACAAUGCCAGAUGUCACAAUGUGAUACAUGCAAACAUGAUAAAGCUAUCAUACCAUGUC